CGUGCUAAACAUGUAUAUGAGGCUUAUGUAACGGACAUAUCUUAUCACUUCCACUAUUUUAACCGUAAGAGGUUUUUCCUUUCAGUUGUUCACCGACGCUUACGUAUUUCGGAAAUAAAUCAUGAUUCAGUCGGACAAUUUGGUGACGUUGUUUUGUGUGUGUAUGCUUGCUUAUACAGUAUAUUCUGAGGACUGUACGACCACUCAGAAUUGUAAAGAUUCUGGCGCAACCAAAUGCCUAACAGGUUACCACGUGGUUUGCCAACACCCUGCUGGUAGUGGGGUAGUGACUGAUGGUGGGAAAUGCACAUGUGCUGUUGACGACAUAACAUGCUUAACUCAAGCCGAUUGUAUAGCGCUGGACCUUGAAAGCUAUGUUUGCAUCAGUGAUGGCCACAAACACUGUUAUGACAAUAAAUGUAUCUGUACCAGGUGGUAAAAGCGUAAACAUGUACCCAGAAUGAAAAUAAAUACUGUCUCUCCUA